UCAUUUGCAAAUCCCCAAUUGGAAGAAUUAUUAUCGAGGGAUUCAGAGUGCAGAAUUGCAGAACCCAUAUCAUCAAGACCUAAUAUCUCAAUAUCCCCUAAAGCGCCUGCAAACCCUCCUGCUCCGUCUCCGGCCCGGAACAGAACAUGUUACGUCGAAGGCUACUGCGACAGUAGUAUGGAUGAUUCUGAAUACGUUUUUUCUGCCCUCCAAAGUUGCAACGAUGGAGGCCAUGUCGUAUUCAGAGAAGGAAUCAAUUACACAAUUGGCACCGCCCUUGAUCUGACAUUCUUGAACCAUAUCGAUAUCGGUGAGUUGAUCGAACGGAUCGCAGUCAUACACCUCUCAUUUCUCAAAAAUUGACUUGAUGAACUCUACCAGAGGUUCAAUCUCAGAUUCAAUUCACCAAUGAUACCGACUAUUGGCAAGCCAACUCCUUUCGAUUCGUCUUUCAAAACGUAACGUCAUUCUUCAAACUCGGUGGUAACGAUGUCAAUAUCUACGGAGGCGGUCUUGUCGAUGGAAACGGACAAGUUUGGUACGAUUUGUGCGCCAAAGAUAUUUACAUCUUGCGACCAGUUCUUUUUGGAUUAGAUGGACUUCAUAAUUCGACCAUUAGUAAUUUGUUUUUGAGAUAUUCGCCACAGUACUAUUUUUCAUCGCCAACUCUACGGGUGUGGUGAUUGAUAAUAUUGAUAUUGCUGGGAAAAGUACGAGUGAAAAUGACGCCAAGAAUACGGACGGUGUAAGGUUUUCUGUCUUUUCAGAGUUUCAAUUCCGAGGAACUUGCUAGAUACAAAUAUGGCUUUGCUAACAAUCUAUCUUAGUGGGAUACCUACCGAAGUUCUGGGAUUGUCAUGCAAAAUUCACAUGUUAUAAAUGGAGAUGGUACAUUCAAGAUCCUGCUUCGUUAUCAGGUCACUCACUAACAGUUUUCCGUGCAGACUGUGUCUCUUUCAAGCCCAACAGCACGGACAUAAUCGUCCAACAUAUGUACUGCGUUGGCUCUCAUGGUAUGAGUGUUGGUUCGUUAGGACAGUAUAAGGGAGCCUUUGAUAUUGUUGAAGAUAUCUAUGUUUUCAAUGUCUCAAUGUACAAUGCCAGCGUAAGCCAAUCCCGUUUUGUCCCUAAAACUUACAUCAAGCAACUAAUAUGGCUCUUAGAAUGCUGCUCGCAUCAAAGUCUGGCCAAAUGUAGCAAGCGUAAAAUCUGGAGAUCUCCAAGGAGGUGGAGGAGAUGGCCGGGUGAGAAAAAUCACAUUCGAUACCAUGAUAAUGGGAGAAGUUGACUGCGCUAUACAAGUCAACCAAUGUUACGGAAAUCAGAAGAACUUGACACUUUGUCUUGAGUUUCAAUCACCUUUGACGAUCAAAGACAUCGUUUUCAAGAACUUCCAAGGCACUACGAGCAAAAAAUACCAACCGGAAAUCGCAGCAGUUGCAUGCUCAAGUGAGGCAGCAUGUGCUAAUAUCAGUGCAACGAGCAUCAACGUCAAGAGUCCAAAUGGAACGAAAGAUGCCUAUUGUCUCAACGUGAACGAGACGGCAUUGGAUCUUGGGUUUGGUGGGCCUUAG